UGGCAGUCGUGUUGUGUCCGUGACGCGACGUGGACAACAUGAGAUUACCUCUCUUGGUACUGUUGGUGGUGUUGGCGGUGGUCGUGGUCUCCGGCCAAGAACCAGCCAGAAGGAAAGAAGCCCGUGCCAGGAUUCGUGCCCUUGCUGACGCUGCCCGCAAUGGCGACACAUCGGCCAAACAGAUCUUACAAUCCAGACGCCGUAACCGGCCUCGACAGCGCGUACAAACUGAACAACAAACUGAACUUCCAGUCGUCCCCGAAGAACCACAAUUUGAAAAUGCUGAACCCGCUCCGGUAGAAGAAACACCACGUCCUCGUGUGAAGAUUCCAGUGCGACGAACGCGAGUCCGUAUACCUCGUCCUGUAGCCCAGGAACCCACCACAUUCCGUCCAAUUUCACUUGUAUUUACCCCCACACUCUCCCCAGUCAAGGUGACUCCUGAACCGAAUGUCGACCCAAUCACCGAGGCGCCCGUGUUUGAACAUUUUCCAGAUGAACUCCCAACAGAGGCGCCCGUUUUCAAUAACGCGAUUGAUCAAACACAAGCCACAGCCAGACCUCGACUCAGAAUCAAGUCCCCACAACGCACACCAGUCACCCAACAGCCUCAACAAUCAAUAUCAGCCUUUGAACAGCCUCAACAACCGUUAUCAGCUUUCGAACAGCCGCAGCAAACCAUAUCGCCCUCCCAAGAGACCCCACGAACUAUAUCACCUUUCCAACAGCCCCGACAAAUAAAUUCCUUCCAACACCCCCGACAAAUAAAUUCCUUCCAACAGCCCCAACAAAUUAAAUCCUUCCCAAAGCCCCAGCGAACCAAAUCACUCUUCCAACAGAACCAAGAAUCCGACUUCGACUUAGAACCCCAUCGUGCUCUCACACCCGGUCUUGAAGUAGAUUCUCGCUCUGAGCCGAUUUUCCAGAGAGCCGGUGUGGAUCGAACAACCAAACCUACUGUUGAAACCAUUAAUCGUUACGCGUACUAUGACAAAGAAGGCAACUACGUCUUUGGUUAUGAAGCAGCAGAUGGCUCCUUCAAGGAAGAAAAAAGAGGUCUUGAUUGUAUCGUUACAGGCAAAUAUGGCUAUGUUGAUCCUGAGGGUGUACGGCGGGAGUUCUCUUAUACAUCUGGUAACAGGUGUGAUCCAAAUGCAGUGAUUGACCCAGAUAAUGGGGAGGCACCCCGCCUGGAGCCUAAUGACCAGUUUCUUCAACAAACAGUGGAACAACCUCUUACUGAAGAAGAACUUAGCCAAAUACAAUUCAGUCAUCGACGCCGUCCAGUGAAUCAACCACAACCACAGGAACAGCGACCUCAGCGCCAGCCAGUACGGCAGCAAGUACAGCCAGUACGGCAGCAAGUACAGCCAGUACGGCAGCAAGUACAGCAGCAACUACAGCCAGUACAGCAGCAAGUACGGCAGCAAAUACAGCCAGUAAGGCAGCAAGUACAGCAGACAUUUGUUAGUGAUAACCGCCGACGACAACAGCAGUCUCAGACUGCCCUACAACCUGUUCCACAGCAGACUCAGGACUUCUUGGAACCUGAUACUGUGACCCCUGCACCCUCCCGUCGUUUCACCACACCAGCCUCAUUCAACCAGUUCAAAGCUUCUUCAUUCCAAGAACCACAUAGGAAUGUUGCCCAAGAUUCAGUACAGCAAGUGGCAGAACCGACGCUAAGCCCACAUUUUGUUGACCAACGUAUACAUCCUGCGAUAAUAAAUACUCCCUCACCUCAGCGUUUUACUGAUAGGCCUACUCCUAAGCCCGUUGCUUUCGAUUUCGAUAAAGAAUUCAGGAAUCUAUUUAGUAACUUCGGUGUUACACAGCAAAGUAGCCGAGCACCAUCUUUCAAGGCCGUAACUCAGCGCUUAACCCCAACUACGCCUGCACCGACCUUCAGGCCCACGCCUCCACCGACAUUCAGACCAGCGCCUCUGCCUACACCAACCUUCCCAACAAGAGCAUCACCCUCAGCCACUACUCGCCCAUUGUCUUUAGAUGAUGGGUCCACCACGCUGGGAGACGAAGGUGCUCAUCAACUGGUGUUCGACGCUGCCAGUGGUAUCUUUAAAACUGUCCGUGUCCAAGCACCGAAUCAUUUCGGCGUAUCCAAUACAGCUCGGAAUCCUUCCCUCUCAGCAGCGCCGAAUCACUUCGGUGUGUCUACUCCAGGACAAAAUCCCUUCCUCUCAGCCACAGCGGCCCCGAAUCAUUUCAGUGUUCCCACUCCAGGACAAAAUCCCUUCCUCUCAGCCACAGCGGCCCCGAAUCAUUUCAGUGUUCCCACUCCAGGACAAAAUCCCUUCCUCUCAGCUGCAGCAUCCCCGGUAGCCUCAACAGGUCGGCCUCUCCCAGGGCUCAAUAAAAGAUUUGGGUUCAAUCCUCUUCCCCCCGUUCCCACUGGGGGACUAGUUAUUAACCAGCCUGGCCGCUCGCCUGCCACGGAUGAGUUCGACAAGUUCUUCAAUCAGUUCAAUCUCUGAUUCUUUCAAACAGUUGUUAACUCUGGAUUAAUAUAGACUAUGGAGAGUGUUUUCUCCUUUGGAUAAUAGUUAAAAUAAUGAGGUUUUGUUUACAUCAUAUAAUGUGUUCAAACAAUUUUUAAGAUGUUUACAAACAUACUUUACUUCAUCAGCCAUUCUUCCCUUUAUUUCACUUGCUAAUCGAAAUGCGUUAUUAUUUCAAUAAUGAAUAACAUUACACAAUCUACAUCUCGACCGUGCACGUGUAGAGGGAGACUGAUGGCAAUAAACGGCCAUGAUCCAGAUAACUUUUACUUUCGUGCGAGCACCAAGCGGGCCCAGCUGGUCGGGUCAGCUGCGAGGCGUCCCUUCAAGUUCGAUGUUUGCAGUAGCCUCACGCCUUGGCUGACCCAGUUACGCAGCGUCCACGUCUCUACGCAGCUCUCCCACGCUGGGACGCUCACUUUUACUACUUGAUUAUCAACGCUAAUGAAUUGUAUUUAUUGUCUCUUAUCUGUUGAAAAAAAUUAAUACAUAGAGUAUGAAGCUACAGAGCAUACCAUAGGCCUACAUUUUUCACCACGGGGUCUUACCAAGGCCAAGUUUAUCAGUGCCAGUUAAUGACAGCUUCUAUUCUCAUUUGCGUGGAUCAUUUAUAUACACUAUCAUCAAUUCUUGCCUUUAAAAUCAUUUUGUUGUACUACAUAAAAUGACUGCGUCUGCUUUGUCCGUCCAGUAUCGUGCAAUGUUGAAUGCUUGCAUAUCGCUAGCUGUAGCAUAUACUUUUGCUGUAAAUACUUUGCUUCUUCACAAAACACUAGCCUUUAUACUACCUCAUCACAAAGGAAUCAUCGCCUCUUUCCUGCCUUUCACCUUUCCCACAUAUGUCUCUUGAUUAAAAACCCGUCCGCGCCCUAGAAGUCACCUAGGACGCCUGAUCAAGGACCCACCCGCGCCCUGAAAGCCACAUUCAUGAAUCUUCCGACCUGCUCUUAGUUGUUUUGUGUGAAACGAAUGUGCAUCAUGUUUUUUUUUAAAUUCCGUAGAACGACUUGUGAGUUACGUAGAAUCGUAAUUAUGAGAGGUAAGACUUCCUCACCAAUCAACAGAGGCUAGCCUGUGCCACACCCGCCCUGGAGGCUCUGAUCCAAGGCUUCCAGUGAGACAGCCUCGCCCCCUUCAUCCGGUACCCUCCAUGUCCUUCCCUCCACCCUCCAGACACGUGUCUUGCCAUGCCAUUCCCCCGGCUUCUCUCUCUCAUCCUGUCCUGUCUCUUAACUUCAUCCUUCCAUAAUAUCCGACAAUAAUGUAAGUAAUUAAUAACAAACACUAUGAAUGAGAUAUAUCUUAAUUCUUGACAUUCACCAAGAAUGUGCCUAAUUUCGUCACACCCCCAAACAACAUUAAAGCUCUCGAUUUUUGUCGAGAGUCCUGAAGAAGAUGUAUUAUUAAAUACGAAAGUACUUAAGAAAAUUCCUGUUUCAAUUCAAUUCUUCCUUCGUGGUCUGACACUGUCACAUUUUUCAUCACGUGUUAAUUUUCGUGAUUUACACACACACGUACACAUUUAUCUCGUUGUUCCUAAUCAUCAUUGUUUGGGGAGACGCAGGUUGGCUAUUAUCAGUAGAAAGCACUAAGCUAUUACUACUAUACAGUACAGUGGGGUGACCCAAGACGCAGAGUUCAUCCUGCCGUCCUCUCCAAAGAUCGUCUCCCAGAUAUGUCACCUUAUUGUUAGUCAUUGUGUAUAGGGUUAAAUAUUUUCGGUAAAAAAAGUAUUUGAUUAAAUUGAGCAAAAUUAAAUGUAGUUUAAAUAAUAUCAAAAGAAUUAAUAGAACCUUUGCAUGGAGGUGGAUUUGAUGGAGAGUUAUGCCGGGUUAGAGGGAAGUGUGGCCAGAAUUGGGUUCCAGCCUCAUCCAAUUAAUUAUGAUAUAGAAUAUUAGACAAACGAAGUAACUAUAUCUAUUAUAUAUAGAUGUAGAUUAGUGCUCGCAGUCCUCGAGGUCCACAGGCUAUAUUCAGAUAUUCUUCUGGAAAACAAGAAUUAAAUAUAUUUAGAGCUGUAAAUAUAUGUAUCAUAUGUUUCAUUGUAUUUUAGCCAUCUAAAAUAAAGUAUUCUUCUCUAUGUUAA